GAAGAGAACAAUCCCCUUGAGACAGAAUAUGGCCUUUCUGUCUAUAAGGACCACCAGAUAAUCACCAUUCAGGAGAUGCCAGAGAAAGCCCCAGCUGGCCAGCUUCCCCGCUCUGUGGAUGUUAUUCUGGAUGAUGAUCUCGUAGAUAAAGUGAAGCCUGGUGAUCGAGUCCAGGUGGUGGGGACUUAUCGUUGCCUUCCUGGAAAAAAGGGAGGCUACACCUCAGGGAAUUUCAGGACUGUUCUGAUUGCCUGCAAUGUGAAGCAAAUGAGCAAGGAUGUUCAGCCUUCAUUCUCUGCUGAGGAUAUAGCCAAAAUCAAGAAGUUCAGUAAAACCCGUUCCAAGGAUAUUUUUGACCAGCUGGCAAGGUCAUUGGCCCCUAGUAUCCAUGGGCAUGACUAUGUCAAGAAGGCAAUCCUCUGCUUGCUCUUGGGAGGGGUGGAACGAGACCUAGAAAAUGGCAGCCACAUCCGUGGGGACAUCAACAUUCUUCUAAUAGGAGACCCAUCAGUAGCCAAGUCUCAGCUUCUGCGGUAUGUACUUUGCACAGCACCCCGGGCUAUUCCAACCACUGGCCGGGGCUCCUCUGGAGUGGGUUUGACAGCUGCUGUCACUACAGACCAGGAGACAGGGGAGCGCCGUCUAGAAGCAGGGGCCAUGGUCCUGGCUGACAGAGGUGUGGUUUGUAUCGAUGAAUUUGACAAGAUGUCUGACAUGGACCGCACGGCCAUCCAUGAAGUGAUGGAGCAGGGUCGAGUGACCAUUGCCAAGGCUGGCAUCCAUGCUCGGCUGAAUGCCCGCUGCAGUGUUUUGGCAGCUGCCAAUCCGGUUUAUGGCAGGUAUGAUCAGUACAAGACUCCAAUGGAGAACAUUGGGCUACAGGACUCACUGUUGUCCCGGUUUGACUUGCUCUUCAUCAUGCUAGAUCAGAUGGAUCCUGAGCAGGAUCGGGAGAUCUCAGACCAUGUCCUCAGGAUGCAUCGUUACCGAGCCCCAGGGGAGCAGGAUGGUGAUGCUAUGCCCUUGGGUAGUGCUGUGGAUAUCCUAGCCACAGAUGACCCCAACUUGAGCCAGGAAGACCCACAGGACACCCAGAUUUAUGAGAAGCAUGACAACCUGCUGCAUGGGACCAAGAAGAAGAAGGAGAAGAUGGUGAGUGCAGCAUUCAUGAAGAAGUACAUCCACGUGGCCAAAAUCAUCAAGCCUGUCCUGACACAGGAGUCAGCUGCCUACAUUGCAGAAGAGUAUUCACGCCUGCGCAGCCAGGAUAGCAUGAGCUCGGACACUGCCAGGACAUCUCCAGUUACAGCCCGAACCUUGGAAACUCUGAUUCGACUGGCCACAGCUCACGCGAAGGCUCGCAUGAGCAAGACUGUGGACCUGCAGGAUGCGGAGGAAGCUGUGGAGUUGGUCCAGUAUGCUUAUUUCAAGAAGGUUCUGGAGAAGGAGAAGAAACGUAGGAAGAGAAGUGAGGAUGAGUCAGAGUCAGAAGAUGAAGAGGAGAAAAGCCAGGAGAGCCAGGAGGACCACGAGCAGAAGAGGAAGCGGAGGAAGACUCGCCCAGCGGAUGCCAAGGAUGGGGACUCAUAUGAUCCCUACGACUUUAGUGACACAGAGGAAGAAAUGCCUCAAGUGCACACUCCAAAGACAGCAGACUCACAGGAGGCCAAGGAAUCCCAGAAGGUGGAGCUGAGUGAAUCCAGGUUGAAGGCAUUCAAGGUGGCCCUCUUGGAUGUGUUCCGGGAAGCUCAUGCACAGUCGGUGGGCAUGAAUCGCCUUACAGAAUCCAUCAACCAGGACAGAGAAGAGCCCUUCUCAUCAGUGGAGAUCCAGGCUGCACUGAGCAAGAUGCAGGAUGACAACCAGGUUAUGGUGUCUGAGGGCAUCAUCUUCCUCAUCUGAGGAGGCCUCUCUGAACUUGGACUUGUGCUUAGAGAAUUUCCUUCCAUAUCCCAGGUUCCUUCCCCCACCUGAGUUUUUACCUUUGUUCUUUGAAUAACAGUGUUUUAAUUGAACUGAAGCUGAGAGAUACUAGUGAUGAAGCUAAAUCAGGACUUGGAAUCUUUGCGAAUGAGUAAUGGAAACUGCCGUGGGUCAGGAAAAGAAGAUAGGGAAGGACUAGGACCGUGAAACAUCAUUGAGAAAGCACUGGGUCAUGCACCCCACUUCCCAUCCCCAAACAAACCCAGACAUUAACUUCCUGGAUAUACCAUGACUGCUGAGUACUUUUGUGGACACAGCUGGUUUCUGUUCAUUCUUUGUUGUCUGUUUCCCUCUUCUCCAGAGCACUUUAGUCGGGCUUUGGGUGGUUCAGGGUAGAGAAAAACUGAGACAAGUCAUAAAGGUCAAGAAAGCUUUCUUUAUAGUAGCACUAGUUAAAAGUAACUUGUGUCUUUGACCUAGAUAUCUAGGAUAUUGAAUAAACGUGACCAUUUUGUACA